AUGCCGCCCUUUUCCCUGCUCGCGAGGUCGCGGCAGGCGCCGUCGCAGAGACCAACGCCAAAGCCUCCACACACGGGUGGGCUGGGUGUUGCGCUCGUUGUGGAUGUAGUCGACGAUGCAUCGGUGGUUGAGGAAAUCGGUGUAGUGCUGAAUGACAACGAAGAAGAUGACGACGAGGACGACAGACUGCUAGUAGACGUGCUCGAAUCACUGGAGGUUGAGGCUGUGAUUGUAAUUGUUGACAGCGAGGAGGACGAGUCUGUGGUGCUGAAUGAGAUUGACGAAGAACUGCUGACAGACGUGCUUGAAGCACUAGAGGUCGUCGGGUCUAUGAUAGUGGACGAUGACAGCGAAGACGACGAGUCGGUGCUGCUCGCUGAAGAGGAAGGCGAUGAACUGCUAGCCGAUGUGCUCGAAGCACUGGAGGUCGGAGUUAGAGUAGUGGUUGAUGACAAUGACGACGAGGAGUCUGUGCUACUCGUUGAAGAUGACGAACUACUACUUGCAGAUGAACUUGAGUCGCUAGAGGUAGGUGUUGCACUGCUUGAAGAUGAGGAUUCAGUACUACUAGUUGAGCUUAUCGAGACACUGUUGGAAGAGCUCGAUAUGUCGGAUGUGCUUGAUGAAGAGCUGCUGGAAGAGCUUUCGGAUGACGUAGUAGCUGACGAGGAGCUUGGUGUCAUGGUGGACGAUGAAGACAUGUAA